AAAUUAAGUGCUUAAGAAAGCAGUGGAGCAAUAUCAAAUUUCUAUUUAUCGAUAGAUCACAUAUUGUGCUCCUUCACUUCCACCGAAUGCGAAAAACAUUGUCUCUUCAUUGUAUAUAAAGACGGGCGCUGCCACUAUUGUGUCUCAUUUCAGCGCAAGCGAUGGUUGCAACAGUAAUUCGUUGUCUCCUACUCGUUCUAUUCAGGUAAUUCUAAGACCUAUUUUGUUUCUAUGCAUCUGAUGUGGAACAAUUUUCCUUUAAGCUUUACAGGUUUGAUUCUUGUUUUCUUCUUACAUGUUCUCCUAUUAAUUUGGUAUGUCGCUAGUUCGAGUGAAAUCUCAAUUCUGCCAUGGGAUUUCUCAAUAUAAUCGAUGUUCGCCAAAUAGUGCGUGUGCCUGUUUCCAAAUAGCAGGUGCUAUUGACGUUGGCAUUUGUACCGAUGAAUUCGUGAUUUGUUCUGAGCUAGUUGCAUGUGAAAGCUCAAACAACGUUUGUCGUGAACCUAAUCAUAGAUGUAUUCAUCAUCCUCAAUGUCAUAAUCUUCCUGUUUGUUAUCCGGUGCCCAGUUUCAAUCGACAACUCUGUCCACCGAUAGCAACAACCAACCCUACAACUGAAACUACAAUUCCAAGUACCACGACAACUACAACAACUAUUCAGCAGCUAGUGAUUCCGAAUAUUCCAGUUGGUGCUCGAUGGGCACAGAAUGGGGUGACCGUUGCUGGAGGUAAUAGACAAGGCAAUGCCACCAAUCAACUCAACCACCCCAUCGAUCUCUUCGUUGAUGACGAUCAAACGAUGGUCAUUGCUGACAUGUACAAUCAUCGCAUCAUCCAAUGGAAGAUGGGUGAUACGAACGGACAAGUUCUUGCUGGUGGUCAUAAUCAAGGAAAUCGAUUGGAUCAACUGAAUGAUCCAGCCGAUGUGUUGAUCGACAAAGAGACGAAUAGUCUCAUUAUUUGUGAUUACGGGAAUCGACGAGUCGUACGAUGGUCUCGUCAUAGUGGCACAACUCAAGGAGAAAUCCUCAUCGACAACAUCCGCUGUUAUGGAUUGGCCAUGGAUGAUCAGAGAUAUCUCUACAUCUCUGACAUCGAAAAACAUGAAGUAAGACGAUAUCAAAUAGGGGACAAGGAUGGACCUGUCGUGGCUGGUGGCAAUGGCAAAGGUGAUGGUCUCAAUCAACUCAACGAUCCGCGCCACAUCUUUGUUGAUCAACAACAGACUGUCUACGUGACAGACCGUCAGAAUCAUCGUGUGAUGAAAUGGAAUAAAGGUGCAAAAGAAGGAAUUGUCGUCGCUGGGGGUCGAGGCGGAGGGAAUGCUCUGACACAAUUGUGGGAUCCUGAUCGAUUGUUCGUCGAUACAUUGGGUACCAUCUAUGUGGUAGACUCGUGGAAUCAUCGAGUGAUGCGUUGGCCUAAAGGAGCCAAACAGGGCACUGUCAUUGUGGGUGGCAAUGGUCCAGGAGAAGGAGCAAAUCAGUUCAACAGUCCCAUCGGUUUGUCCUUCGAUCGACAUGGCAAUCUCUAUGUCACCGAUCGUCUAAAUCAUCGUGUUCAACGGUUCUCUAUUGAAUAG